AUGAGCAAGUCCGAUGGACAUGAUAGAACUAAUAAUAGAGAGUCAAGGCAGGCUUUCGGCCACAUUAUGAGCGACGGUGCUUGUGUGGCAGUCAUAGUUGCCCUCUUCUGCUCGGUAGUGUGUCUCCCCGUAGAUUUGCCCAAGUGUAUCGUUCUCAACGGAGAGGCUGAGCUCUCAACUCAACGUGCUGGCGUACACGCACGCACAGAGCGUGCGCCAUAUCAGUCGGUUGCAGACGCCCUGAGCACACAUGCGAUCGCACGUUCGGCGCACUCACACCCAGAGAACAUGGCUAGUGUCGACCCCAUUACUCCCUCUACUGUCUCUGCUGUUGCUGCUACUACCACCGCCACCGCAUCUCUGUCUCCUACUGAGUCCAACAUGGCCGCCCCACAACCAGACCCUUCCCCCCUCUCCCCUUCGAGUCAGUCCACCCUCAUGGAUACUUCCACAAUCCCCGCAGAAGUGUCCUUUAACCUAUCCCAACAGCAACUGCCACCACUACCACCUGUACAAACAGCACCAAAUAAAGUGAUCAUCAAACCUGAGGCGCCUGCACCUACGACUCCGCCCUCUACCACCCCACUAAAACGGCCACGACACAAACCCGAGGAACGCAAGGAGCUCCUAGAGAAGGCUGUUAGGGAUGUAAAGGAGCAGAAGAUUUCGAUGCGCAAAGCUGCCUCCCGGUACAAUAUUGCCAAGUCCUCACUAUGUGACUAUGUGCGCAAAAACCACAUUAUUCUGCCCAACAAUCGGUGUAAGCCUUCGGUCACUGUAGCUGCCGCUGCCGCCACCGCGGCCAAUAACUCCAGCGGAGGGGAUUGCCACCAUCAGCAUCAUCAUGUUCGUUUGGAUGCUGCAUCGGGACCGGUGACCGGGGCGCCCCAAACCUCAGUGGCAUUGCAACCACCCCUACCGUCGACACAAACCGGAUCCUUCAGUUUUCCCCUUGAGACGGCAAGUUUGUUGAGGGCGACGCACACGGCUACCCCUCCAGGAGGAGGGGGUGGCGGUAGUGGUAGUGUUUUGUCUCGUCUAGAGAGCCCUUGGAACAACGUUUCAGGGCUACCGACCCAAGUGCGAAUGCAGAAUUGGAGUUCCUUGGCGGCCCAGGGAAAAUCGAUGAGUUCGUUGUCCCAGGCCUCGGCUGCGUCUUCCCCAAAACAGACGGAGUCCCUGCUGGGCAUCAGCACUGAGUCGAAUUCACCGGGUGGUGGUGGUGAUUGUGGUAGCAACAAUAGCAACACCAGCACACCACUACAACUACAGCAGCAUCAGUUGCCUUCAACAAGCAUCUUCACAACUACCCCCUCCUCUACAUCAUCCUUUAUUUGUGCGCCGCUUUCAAGUGAUGUUCUAGAUAGCAUGACCUCCACGACAUCUUUCUUUGCCUCCCCCACUGUCGCCGCUCCUCCGCCUACCCUUGCUGUGACCACCAACUUUGCCUCCGCCACACCUCACCUCCUUCUCCCUCCACCACCACCACCACCACCGCUGCAAACACCAACAAGCAUCGCUCCGGAGGCGCUGAUUCCCACUCCACUCUCGCGUUCCCUCGCCUCUAUUUACUCACCGGCACCACCGCAAGCACCGCCGCUGCAGUCGUCGUCGCUCCCUCCAACACAACAGGUGCCUCCACUCCCUUCCGCCGCUACCGCGUCACAACUCCCUCUUGUCUUUCCCUCUUCUGGCCCCAGUGGUGUAUCUAACUCAGCCGAAGCAAGCGUGGUAGUAGACUCGCUACAGAGGCUACUGCUGGCCGCCGCAGCAGCAACAGCGACACGUACUGACGGAAAACAGUUACUGCCAUCAAACCUUGGAGACCUCCUCCUCGACCUCCCUUCACCAAUGGGCUUCCCUGUACCCCCACCACCCGCCGCUGUCACCAACGCCACCGCAGCCGGUGCCCUCUUUCGUAAACUACAGUUGCCUAAUUGCCUCAAUUCUCUCAUUGGCAGCACUGCUGCAGCACCGAAUGCUCUCGCCGCCACUGUCGCCAAUAGUAGUGGUGGCAGCACUGCGGCCGCAGCGGCAGCAGCUGUUGCUGUUAUUGCACGGUUACCCCAAGCACAAAUGGUCUUCGCUAAGGAACUCAUCAACUUUAUCAACAAAUCACCUUCGCCUUUCCAUGUGGUGCGAUCCGCAAGCGAGAUUCUAACCUCCAAUGGCUUUCGAGAAUUGUCCGAGAACGAACCCUGGAAGUUGGCGCCGAACGACUGUGUCUUCGUGACCAAAAACCGCACUUCUUUGUUCGCCAUUGCUGUGGGUGGGGCCUAUAAGCCCGGUGAGGGUUUCGGCAUCAUUGGCGCACACACCGAUAGCCCCUGCCUUCGACUGAAACCCCUGUCAGAGCGCGUAAAGGAAGGCUUCGUCGAACUCGCAGUUCAGACCUACGGUGGUGGGCUGUGGUACACCUGGUUUGAUCGCGAUCUCACUCUUGCUGGUCGUUGCAUCGUCCGCAAUCCCACCACUGGUGCAUUAGAAGAACGUCUUGUCCACAUUGAUCGCCCGUUGGCUUGUGUGCCCUCGCUGGCCAUCCACUUGAACCGCAACGUUAAUAAGAACUUCGCUCCUGAUCCAGAGGUCCAUCUGGCUCCGAUUCUGUGUACCACUCUUACUGAACAGUUGAAUGCUUCUACGGAUGCGACAGUGCCUUCAGGACACCCAGCAGGUUUGCUGCGUAUUCUAGCUGCGGAGUUUCAAUGCACACCAUCGGAUUUAGUUGAACUGGAGCUCUACUUAGCGGAUACUCAACCAGCGAAAAUAGGAGGCCUCCAUGAAGAGUUUAUUCAUGCACCACGACUGGACAACCAAUUCAACGCCUACGCGUCAAUUCGUGCAUUGGUAAACUCCCUACCCAGCCUGAAGGAGGAACCCUUCGUACGGGUGGUGUGUCUCUACGAUCACGAAGAGAUCGGUUCGGGCAGUCUCCAGGGUGCCAAAUCAAUCUACACGGAAUGUCUUUUCCGAAGAGUCACGGAAGCGUUGGCAGCGGGUGCUAUGGAAGCGACAGAGUCAGCAAGUAACGUUGGCGGAGGGGCGGACGCAGCAAACUACGCUGGCGGCGGAAUGGGAUCGGAGCGAUGCCUCUUCGAACGCACAAUGGCGCGUUCCUUCCUCCUCUCGGCCGACCAGUCCCACGCGGUACAUCCCUCAUGGCCUGAGAAACACGAACCUGGACACAAACCUGGCUUUCACCAAGGCUUGGUGUUGAAGCACCACUGCUCACAGAACUAUGCUACUAACGGGUUAACUUCGGCUAUUGUUAAAGAGGUCGCUAGGCGAACGAAUGUCCCACUCCAGGAAUUCGUGGUACGUCAAGAUCAGCCAGGCGGCCGUACUAUCGGUCCAAUCAUGGCCUCGCAUCUAGGCGUAAUGACUGCAGAUAUUGGUGGUGCGCAACUGGCGAUGCAUUCGUGUCGUGAGAUGACCUGUACUUCAAGCGUCGGUCAAGCGAUCACGCUGUUCACAGGGUUCUUUGAACAGCUCGCUAACAUUCUCUCUUCCUUUGUCGCUAUCAAGUUCAGUCAUUGCCCUCAGUAA